GGGUAUGCCUCUUCAGUUUCAAAGUAACCAUGUGACUUCCUGGCUUUUUGCUCUUGAUUUCGACUGCAGCAGAGUUCACUCCAACCCUCCUCUUUCUCUUCAUCUGACUCUAGCUGUGACAGCACCGGGACAGAACUCCUCUCUGAUUCAAAACGGUGCCGGUGUCUUUACAACUCUUUUUCCACGGAGAUCUGAGGAUCACUGAAGAAGAAGAAGAUGCUGAGGCGAAGGCCUUCCAACGCCUCUGAGAAGGAUCAGGCGCAGAAAAAGAAGCUCACCCUGCAGAGAUCAAGCAGCUUCAAGGAUUUCAUGAAGCCCAAACCCACCUCUCCUGUUGUGUCAGAGAAGGAGUUCUCUUUGGAGGAGAAUGCAGCAGAAGACGUAACGGCAGAAGAAGCUGUGAAAAGUGGCAGCAAAUUGGGGAAGAAAUGGCGCAACGUCAUCUCACGUACAAUGACCCGCAAAACAUCCAAAAUGGUGCAGAGGGCACUGGCUGAGGAGGGGGGGGAGAGCGGUGAGGAGUUAUCCCCCGUUUCCCCGGACUGGCAUCCAGACCUGACAGCGGGACAGAGGACGUCUGUGUGCUCCACGGGCUCAGAGGACACCACGCCGAGCCCCAUCAGCCGCCAGCUUUCUGGCAGCAGUGACCGACAGAGCCUGGACAGCGGCUACUGCCAGCGGGACAGCAUGAGGCUGGAGGAGAACGGCAUCUCCUAUAACGGGCCGUUCUGCGGCCGCGCCGUGGUCCACACCGACUUCACCCCCAGCCCGUACGACGUGGAGUCCCUGAAGCUCCAGACCGUCGAUAGCUACCUCGCCCUUCUGCUCACACAUAAUUUCUUCUUACAGAAAGGAGACAUCAUCCGCAUCAUUGACAAACCCCCCGUGGGCACCUGGACAGGGAAACUCAACAACAAAGUGGGCUCCUUUAAGUUCAUCUACGUCAACCUCCUCCCCGACGAGAGCCCCCCGACGAGGAGGAGAGGCGGCAACAGCAAGAACCGCCGGUCCAAAUCCAAGCCCAAAACCCUGGAGGAGGUCCUGGACAUCAUCGGCCUGAUGGAGCUGAGCUCCUUACUGUCCAUGCACGGUUUCCAGAGCCUGGAGGACUUUGCGGGGCUCAAGGAAUCUCACCUGAACGAGCUGAACAUCACAGACCCGGAGCAGCGCUCCAAGAUCCUGAACGCCACUGAGCUGCUCCAGGACUCUGAAGGAGAGUCCGAGCCAGAGGAGGAGGACAAAUCUGAGGGGGACCCAAAGGAGCCCAGGGACUCGGGCUGCUUCGAGAGCUCUGAGAAUCUCCAGAACGGAGGCGAGGAGCUGAAGCGGGAGCCAGAGGCGAACGGGGAACCUGAGAAAAGCGACGGGGAGUCGGAGGAGACUCAGACAGAGCCGGUGGAGGCUGUGCAGGAGCAGCUGCGGGAGCUGACAGUGGACGAAGGACAGUGAGAGCCCGUGGAAAAAAGGCUGAAAGCUCUUCCAUCCUGUCUCUACGGGACCUUGUAAAUGCAGGUUUGAAGCCAUUAAAACUUCUCUCUGUGCAGAGGAAGCAAACAGCUAAAAACUGAAAUGCUGAUGAACGCUUUGCCGUCGGGCCGACAGCACAUCUGGAUGCCAGCUGUCACCGUGGGUUACGCUCCUCUGAACUAAGUUGUUUAUGAUUCUUCGGAGGUGUCAUGUGAAGUAUGUGAUUAUGGUGGUACAAAUGAAGUGUUUCCAUUCUUUUUAGUGUGUUCUUGAUGUUUUUAUGUCCUCUACGGCAGUAAAGCCGAAAACAAGAAUGUAAAAUGUGUCUACCUUUGUUAUGCAACUUCAAUCCUGUUGACUUAUGACGAUAUCUGUUAUUUCUCAUGAAGAGGUACUGUAAAUACAAAUAAAAACUAUUCAGGGAGAUGUGAUUUCUAAUAAUCUAAUCAUUUGUCAUCAACCUGAUAGAAAAAUCAUAGAUUUUAGUGACUCUUUUAUAUCCUUAGGAAGGAGGCUUAAUUAAUAACUUUUACUUUAUAAAAUGAUAAGAACUGGAGGUCAGUUUGCUCACUGCUUCCAGCACAUAGAGCUAAAACUGUUGUUAUGGUGAUGGUUAUCAUCAUGAGAUAUCGUCAUGACAACUGUGUAAAAGUGUUCAGCCUCUUCUCAUUUCCUCAUCGACUCACAGGAAGACAUGUUUCUUUGUCCAGGAGUCGGGUGACUGGGGGUCGAAGGCUUUUUUUUUAUUAUUAACGAAAGUGCUAAUAAAGAAAAAAAAUAGCAGAAAGGUGUCUGAUAGGAAAAAUCCCAUUAUUUGUUCAGCUUCACCAGUGAGGAUGGUCUGGUUACUGGUAACCCGAACCUUUA